AUGUAUCAAUAUACUGAUGGGGUAGCAAUGGGCAGUCCUUUGGGACCUCUCAUGGCUGAUAUUUUUAUUUUCUUACCUGACUAUUUUCUAUAUUUAUUUUCCCCUUUUUCACUCUCCUCCCUUUCUCUCUCUCUCUCCUCCCUUUCUCUCUCUCACCUCCCUUUUUACUCCAUAUUUUUUUUAAUUAUAUCACCUUUGUUAUUUUUCUUUUUCUUUUUCUCUGUUUUCCCACCCCUUCUUUUAUUUCUUCUCUCUGUUAAUAUUUAUUUUCAUUCUACUCCAAUGCUUUCCUUCACUUUCUCUUUCAUCAAUUUUUUUAAUUGUCUUCCUCUUUCCUUUUUAAAUAUUUUUCUUCUCUCUCUUUUCCCAAUCCUCCCCUCUCUCUUUUUUAAUCCUCCCCCUCUCUCUCUUUUCCCAAUCCUCCCCUCUCUCUUUUUCCCAAUCCUCCCCCUCUCUCUCUUUUCCCAAUCCUCCCCCUCUCUCUCUUUUCCCAAUCCUCCCCCUCUCUCUCUUUUCCCAAUCAUCCCUCUCUCUCUCUCUUUUCCCAAUCAUCCCUCUCUCUCUCUCUCUUUUCCCAAUCAUCCCUCUCUCUCUCUCUUUUCCCAAUCAUCCCUCUCUCUCUCUCUUUCCCAAUCAUCCCUCUCUCUCUCUCUCUUUUCCCAAUCAUCCCUCUCUCUCUCUCUCUUUUCCCAAUCAUCCCUCUCUCUCUCUCUCUUUUCCCAAUCAUCCCUCUCUCUUACACUCUGUAAACAUUUUUUUUCUUUUCCCUAA